UAAAGCUUAGCAGACCGAUAGUGACUUUGACUUGACGGCUAUAGCACUGAUCCACGUUGUCAAUACAGAUAAGCUUUUUUGUUACUGUUUGCUACUUUUACUCGCUUAAUUCAUAUACUAAUAAUGCAUAAAUUCAGAUACCUGAUGCUGCUGAUUUGCCUUUCCUUUGGCAUGGCUUCUUGUGGCCGACUCCUCAACCUGACUGCACCGAGUUUCUCCAUUCCCUAUGGCAGCUUCCAGAUACAGAUUUUCAAUGUAACUUCACCGACAUUGCAAACAGUGCUGUAUUACGCACCGGCCGUCACUCUACUCCCAGAUGCCACGGAAAUCAUGCUCAACACAGAAAACGGCGCCAACUGCCUCUUUGUAGAAGUAAAACUCUGGGAUAAGCCAUACUUAGCAGCUAUUCAGAACUUUGUCAGGAGCACUCAGGAUCCACAAACCGCGAUUUUUCCGCUUCCCUUCAAAUUUGCUCAGGCGGAAUACUCUCCGAACGGUUUCACACGGGGCAUAAAGAACAGUUCAUGGCAGCCGAUCGCCGGCAUGCCACCAGCAGUCUCGUUAUGCAUCCGCUGUCCUACACCGGCUGCUUGUAACGAUACCAAGAUGGCGAUUCAAACGGACAGCGCUAGUUUUGCCUCACAUUUGUUCGUGACGUUCGCUAUCCAGGAGCCAUUUCCAUCGGAACUAUGUUUUGACAGGAAAGGUCCUUUCAGCGCUAUAACCAACAGCGUUAUGGUGCAAUCCGCCGUCCGGAACUACACUGUAAUGCGCCCCGAUGAUUUUAGGAAUUUUGUUCGAGUAUUUGUCGGGGACGCUAUUCAGCACACCCUCGGGAGGAAUGCGAUCGUGGUUGCUGACGAUGUAGAAAAAGUAAUAAAUCGAACCUAUUUCCGGUUUCCUCAUUACUCAACAACGACUGCAGAACUCGAUAAUGCCAUGUGGGAGGCGUUGUAUUGGGACGAGAGCGAAAGACCGGAUCGAAAGGCACGACGUCUGGAAAGUGUUUUAGGCAAUGGAAAGGCAUGGCUGAAGAAGACUUUAGAGGAAAGCAGUGCUGCCAACAACCGAAAUGACUCCAUAAGAUCCAGAGAUUCGCAGAAUCUAACAGAAGCUUUGGAUGAAUUUAAAUCUGCUAGCAGCGGAAUUUACUGGAACGGAGAUCGGAUACUUCCUAAACCGUUUCCAGUGUAUGUCAUCAGCUUAGACCUACUCAACAUGAACCUGCCCUUUUGCAUUGGGUCUAUCGACUUCGUGAACAGCAGCUACCAAUAUACGGUCACCGCGAAUCUCGGUAAAAGCGUGUCUGACACUGCAACUCCGUCUGCAUCGAAUACCGGAAAAAGAUUGUCUGGUACUGAAACGCCACCGGUUUUUGCAAACAAAUCCUCUACAUUCGAUGACGCGAUCGGUCGCUCUGCGAACGAAACGGCCAUCGUCCACUGGCAAUGUCGUCGAGCUGACAAUCUGUGGGCAUUCUCGAAUUCGCGCAUCACGGUGACCCUUCGCGACGCCAACGACCAACCUUUCAAUCAAUCGAGCGUAACAACCACCUAUAAAUCAGGUGAAUUUACGUUGAGUCUCCCACGAACCACGGGCUACAGCAUCCUUUUCGAAACCUCUGGAUACUCAGGAUCAUCAUACACUCCAAUCAUACUACGCAACUUCAGCCACUUGCUCAGCUUAGACGGCGAGAUUUUCAUGGAACCACUACUGUUUAUUCCGGACCAAUUUAAAGGAACCGGCAAAACAGGAGGCAUCAUACGUUUAAUUAGCAAUAUCGGUAAUAUUUCGGUUUCAGGAAUCAAAAUUCAACUGCGAGCGGGAGUGAACAACUACACGGGCCCUAUUGUGGCCAACACAACCACUACAAUUAACAGCACGUGGUCAGUGGCACUCCCGGGAGGACAUUACACAGCCACAGUGAAGGCACCUGAGAGCUUAUCUGCGUUCACCGCGCCGCCGUUUACUGUGACAAUAGUACCUGGACGCGAUAGUCUUCGUGACUGGGGGAUGACACCAGAGUUCUCAAAGGGAGGCAUUAGAAUCAUCCUUCGAGCAAACGGACUGGCCAGUUCGUACAUGACCCAAGGACUGGCAACGUACGAUGUUAAACUGCGGAUUACCGGUCGGCUGCGGGACAGCAGUGACCAAGGUGCGGAAGUGGGAGUGAAUUCAACUGUUAGCGCGGACAAACUGAUGGUCUACGACUAUAUGGACACGGUAUUCGGCAGCGUCCUUAUUCGGAAACAGCUGCCGGGUGUUUACCGCAUAGAAGUCUAUGAAGCGGAUGCGAUGAAGCCAAACCCGGCUUCCAAAUGGCCAGAGUGGAAUCUGGCUAACUCGCAGGCCAUGGUGCAGAUCUACCGUGGUGAUACAUUGUGGGCACAAUAUUUCGUGCCGAUUACAAAUGGAACUCUGUGGACGGUGGCCGAGAUCAACGGAUCCCGCAUCACGGUUAUCAACCAAAUAAGCACCGUUAAAUAAUAUGUCUUACGUUUCCGGAAAACUUGUCCUCCGGUGAAAAGCAGGCAUUAGAAAACGGCAGUCGACAAUACGGACGACACUUGAUUGUUAAAAAUUCAGAUGGUGCGACGAUAUUUCAGAAACGGGUCCAACGCAAAACUUCCAGUGGCGUAGGAGAUUUCUGUCGAUUGAGUGUGUCUUAGUGCUUUUGGUGAAUUUGCUGUUUGUGUUUAGUUAUUUAUCGGACUAAUAGAAAAAUCGAAAUACGUGAAUGCUGUAUCAAGAAAUAUUAUCGUA